CAGAAUUGGUCAGAAGACAGAAGCGAUGCCUUGAGGACAGGGGCAACAAGGGUUUGAAACUCCUCGACUUCUUGUGAUUUUCAGUUUGCAACAGCUUGAUCGGAAUCAGGAUAAUCAAUGAUAAUCAAUGGUAAUCAUGAUUCAUGUCGAUGGUUCAAGCCGAGUUUAGCUCUGAAUUACUGCGAAUCUUUCUGUUGUGUUUUCAAUCCAGCCAUGCGAGCCGUCUUGUUUCUGCUCUUCCUGAGUUUGGCAGAUGCUGCCCGUGCGGGGCCACAGAUGGAGGCAAAGCUGAAGCCCGACCCAAGCGACAGCAUGUCAGACGAAGUGAUCCAAAGGACAGAUGCCUUCGAAGCCAUUGGAGAGUCGGACACUGAUGAGACAGAAAAAGAUAUGAAAGAUGAGACGGAUGAGAAAGAUGAGAUUCCUGCCAAAUUUUUGGAAGAUCUGAAGCAUAGACCAUGCUGCACUUGUUCACUGAACUGGGGCUCUGUAGUUCCGAAGACGGUGAAAUUCUUCUUCAAGUUCCACAAGACAUGUGAUCGCGUCGGAGGCUCUCCUACUUGGUCUGAGCGCGACGGGCUUACCUUCUGUGGCCCCAACUGCGAUGCUGACAGGGAGGGUAAAGUCUGCUGGAAGCGCGAAUACGUCAAGGGGGGCACCAGAAAACUUCAUAAAGACACCCAGGACAAUUGUGGUAAAUACGACCCAGAUGAUGUUGCCUGAAGCGACCAAUGACCAGUUUGAAUUGGAGACUCUGAAGACUGUGGUGAAGAAGUGCUGUGCGCCGCG